AAUCCGAGUUGGCAGUUGAGAUUAAACGGACUUUCCAUUCCCGACUGGCCCCCUGGGUGGGGCGAGAGACUCACCGGAAAGGCGCCGGAGGAUACAGCCAAGGCCCUCUCUGUGCCCUUCCCUGGAGCUGCCGGCCACCAGCACAGCCCGCCCUCUUCAUGGAAAGUCCCGUGCGGUGGCCCCCUGGUGAUGGCAUCCGACAGUGACGUGAAGAUGCUGCUGAACUUCGUAAACCUGGCCUCCAGCGACAUCAAGGCCGCCCUGGACAAGUCGGCGCCCUGCCGCCGCUCCGUGGACCACCGCAAGUACCUGCAGAAGCAGCUCAAGCGCUUCUCCCAGAAGUACUCCCGGCUCCCACGGGGCCUCCCCAGCCGAGUGGCUGAGCCCCACCUGAAAAGGGGGCCUCAGGACCGGCCCGGGAGGCUGCCCCUCGACUCCGGCCCUGAUUCCAGCCCCGGUGGGGGUGGGGGCUGCAAGGAGAAGGCUCUGGGGAGUCCCUACGGGGAGGAGUGUCUUUCUAAGGAGCAGACCCUCCGGGGGCAGAAUCCGGAAGCCGCCAGGCCUGGCCAGGUGCCCAUGAGGAAAAGACAACUGCCCGCUUCCUUCUGGGAAGAGCCGCGGCCCACCCACAGCUACCCCAUGGGGCUGGAGGGGGGACUGGGCCCCAGGGAGGGACCGCCCUAUGAGGGUAAGAAAAAUUGCAAGGGCUUGGAGCCCUUGGGGCCCGAGACAGCCCCGAUGCCAGUGUCCCCAAGGGCACUGGCUGAAAAGGAGCCACUCAAGAUGCCAGGGGUCUCCCUGGUGGGCCGCGUCAAUGCCUGGAGCUGCUGCCCCUUCCAGUGCCACGGACAGCCCCUCUACCCGGGCCCUCCGGGGGCCCUGCCGCAGAGUCCAGUCCCCAGCCUGGGCCUCUGGAGGAAGAACCCCACCUCACCUGGGGAGCCUGGGGAGCCGGCCCCCUUCUGCAAGGAUGUGGAUAGCUUGGGGCAGAAAGUGCACAGGCCGGUGGUGCUGAAGCCCAGCCCCACCAAACCCGCCGUGCCCCCGCCCAUCUUCAACGUCUUCGGCUACCUCUAGCUGGGCUGGGAGCCCUGGGCCUGCACCGCUGGCUGUGGGAGCUCUCCUAGUGCGGAGGGGGCUGGGCAGCGGUGUGGCCUCUUGGGCAUUGCAAACACCCCUUCCCUUUGUGUGUGUUGGGGGAGGGCAAGACCGGGCAGGGGCGUCUCGGGCACUGACGA